GAUUGGCAGAGAGGGGUGGAGGACACUGAGCGGAGGCCAGUGAAGGGAUUGGCAGAGAGGGGUGGAGGACACUGAAUGGAGGCCAGUGGAGGGAUUGGCAGAGAGGGGUGGAGGACACAGUUGAGAAUGGAGGCCAGUGGAGGGAUUGGCAGAGAGGGGUGGAGGACACUGAAUGGAGGCCAGUGGAGGGAUUGGCAGAGAGGGGUGGAGGACACUGAGUGGAGGCCAGUGAAGGGAUUGGAAGAGAGGGGCAGCAGUCGCUGAUCGGUUGACCAGUGAGGAGGGAGUUGCAGAGCGGCAGGAUUUAGCCAGUGAGUGGAUG